AGUGUGAAACAAAGGAUGGCUUCAGAAAUGAAGGUUGAAGUCCUUCACAAAGAAAUAAUUAAACCAUGCGCGCCCACGCGCUGCUGCGGGGCUCAGAGUGCCAACAUGCUGGCCUAUAUCUUGCUUAUUAUUUAUUUUUUUCAUCUUGGACGUAUGUUUAAGCCUACCAUCGGAAGCAAAGAUGUUACGGCGCCUAAGGCCAACAACUUUUGGCCAUUGGCCAAUGAUUGGGGAGGACCUGUGUUAUGCAACUCCAGUGUAGAGCAAAAGAUGGCUUCAGAGAUCAAGGUUGAAAUCCUCCACAAGGAAACAAUUAAGCCUUCCUCUCCAACUCCUCACCACCUUAAAACUUCCAGCCUCUCUGGUUAUGAUCAGCUUACUCCUGAAAUUUAUGUCCCACUAAUUCUCUUCUAUCCCAACGGCGGUGAUGAGGCCAGUAUCGAUCACCAUGCUUUGUUUGCUGAUAGAUUCGGCCUUCUAAAAAGAUCGUUAUCUGAAGCCCUCACUCACUUCUACCCCUUUGCAGGAGAAUUCAUAUUUAAUGUUUCGAUCAGCUGCAGUGACCAUGGGGCUGGAUUGAUUGAAGCCCAAGUCAACUGUCCCAUAUCGAAGAUUUUGGACAAACCUGAUUUCCAGAUCUUAGGACAGUUGAUUCCAACUUCAAUAGAUUCCAAACAAGCAGAGACAGGCCAUCUUCUUCUAGUGCAGGUCAGCUCAUUUAAAUGUGGUGGAUUGGCAAUUGGGAUUAGUAUUUCACAUAAGGUCGCUGAUGCUUCUACACUCAGCGCAUUCAUCAAAAGCUGGACCGCAAUUGCCCUUGGCUCGGCAGGUGCUACUGACCAUGCAGUGCCUUCUCCAGAAUUUGGCAUUGCAGCUACUAUCUUCCCACCGCAAGAUAUCUUCAAUUCGCAGCAAGGAACCAUGGAAUUUCCUCAAGAAAAGGGUAUAGGAAAAAGAUUUGUGUUCGAUGCGUCAAAGAUUGCUGCCCUCAAGUCCAAAGCUGCCGGUGCAACCGUGCCAAAUCCUACGCGAGUUGAAGUUGUGUCAGCGCUCAUUUGGAAAUGCGCAAUGGAAGCUUCAAGAUCAAACUUGGGUUUUACAAAACCAUCUGUGUGGUCUCAAGUGGUGAACAUGAGAAAAAGAUCAGGGAAAAGCUUGGUGGAAAACAUAUUGGGGAACUUUUUGUCGUACUUUGCAGCAAUGAGUACGGAGAGUGAGGUGGAUCUGGAAAGAUUGGUUGCAAAAUUCAGGAAAGGCAUCGAGGAACAUAAAGAAAAGUAUCCUAACAAUGUUGGUUGUGAGGAUGCACUUCAAAGUCUCAAAGAGUACGGGAAUAUCCUGAUAAAUGACAGUAUAGUGAUCUAUAGUUGUAGCAGUUGGUGCAAGUUUCCCUUCUAUGAAACAAAUUUUGGAUGGGGGCAGCCGUCAUGGGUGAGUACUCGUAGUAGUGAAUUCAAGAAUACGAUUAUAUUGAUGGACUCAAGUGAUGGUUUUGGCGUGGAAGCGUUGUUGACUUUCCCUGAAGAAGACAUGGCCAUAAUUGAAAGACAUGAAGACCUGCUUGCAUAUGCUUCUGUGAAUCCGCCUGUCAUUUAAUUAACAUCCUCUUGCGGUUCUUAGAUGGAUGUGAUUGUAUAGGUUUAAAUUGUUUUUUCGAUGCUUCUACUGUCUGCGUUUUCAUUACUUUUUGCUCCUUAAUGGUCUGUACUGUAUCUUCAAUAAAAUUGAUAUGUUUUCAGCUUUAUAUUAGAACAAUUAAUGAAUGAAGGAGAUAUGUUUCA